UAUAGAAUUGAAUAUGGCGGCCAACAUGGCAUUUCCUUUGGGCCGUAAGCUUUUUGGAAGAUUUCUAAACAUGAAAAGGUGCCAUAUAUUAUUUUUUUGUAAAUUUAAGAUGAAACACAUUUUCAGAAACUAUUUUUAUUUGUUUUUUUCUUCUAGGAAACAGCUGUUAACUUUUGGCACUCAAUAUUCAACUGGUAAGCACACGUGUUCAUCAAAAUUUCUGUUCUCUAUAAUCUUAAAUCUUAGUUGUUUUAUUGCCUACUUAUGUUGAAGUUAAAUUUUUUGACAUUUGUUUAAGUUAUCUUUCUUCGAAUGUUAGGUUUUUAUAAUAAAGUGGAGUUAUUUUAUUUAUUACUUAUUUUAUCUUUUAUAUUUAUUUAUUUAUUGUUUAUAAUAUUUCCAGUACCAGCCCCGUACACGCCCCCAUAAGAUAGUUUGAGACAAGUAAGGAUACACUCUUCCUUUUGAAGGAAUUAGCAAUUCAUCAGCAAUUCGUUAACUCAAAUUAAAUGGAUAUGCGCCAGCCUGCCGAGCUGAAGGCCACUGGUUCAAACCCUGACCGGACCAGCACUGUAAUCUGUAAACGGUUAGACUUUCUUGUCUUUGCGGAUAAGGAUGUUAAACCAUAGGCCCCUUCUUACAGCCCUUGCACAUGUAAAAUUCUGUGGGACGUUAAAGAACCCAUGCACUGUUCGUAAAGAGUAGAGGAAGUGGUGCCAGGUGUGGCGGUCAAUCUCUCAUGGGGGAGGGACUGUUACAGGCCCGCAGUAAUUUUCACCACACGUUAUUGUGGUGACCCUGCUAAGAAUUGGCAAACCUAUUGAAAAGUAAAUAAAUAAUUUAUGUUUUGACCAGCAGAAAGUAAAUCAUCAGCUACUUCUUGAUAAGAAGCUAAGUAACAGGGUGUUAUUCUUUUACUUUAACCUUCUUUCCUGAUUGACCUAAAUUUCUUCUAUAGGUCCAAGUCAAAUUAAGAAAGUUGUUGUGGCCAACAGAGGGGAGAUUGCUUGUCGAGUAAUGAAAACAGCAAAGAAAAUGGGAAUAAGGACAGUGGCCGUUUACAGUGAUGCUGAUGAAAAUGCAAUGCAUGUAGAUAUGGUUAGUUAUUUACCCCAUAGUACCAUGGUUCAUAAGUAUUUUUUGUUUGUUCUAGAUUUAGGUUCGCCUGCAUCGCAGUUGUAAUUUAAUCUCGGUUAGUCAGUGUUCUCACCAGGAUUUUGCCUUGGGGAGUCCCAGGGCCUCCUCUUCUGAGAAAUAGGGGCCCUGUAAGAACAUUAGGGGGACAAAGUUACAAAAAACACUCGGUACGAAGAACCUGAGCCCGCACUCCAAAUUGUCUGUUACAUGAAGUACCUACCUGAUCCAAUAUGGCGGAAGAGGUGUUUACGAUUCGGAGGAGGAGUUUACGAUGUAGUGGGACGUGCGUGGGACCAAUGAAAGUAAAGGCAACAAAAUUAAAGACUUUGACUCAUUUGAUAUCAUGUUUUUUAUUUAUUCAAACAAACAGAAUGCUUUAGUGUUAGGUUGACCAUUAAAAUUACUUAAGUCCAUUUGACUCGUAGCUUGCCCCUGCGCCCUAACGGGCGCAUCUUCUUGGUUUUAAUGCGCCAUUUCAGUUUUUCUUGCGGGAAUCCCGCAAGGCCGCGGCCUGGUGAGAACACUGUUAGUAACGUCUGGGAAGCAGUGCUGAGAUCCUUAUUUUCUGUGCCUCAGAUGACUAAACAAAUUGCUGGAAGGACAUUUCAAAUUUCCUUUCAAACUGAUUGGCAAAUCAACAAUGUCUUUUUUAACAGACCAAUCAUGGUGUGUACUCAAGUCCUAGUACACAGGUGGUGGCCCAGAACAAGGAAAUCAGCGCUGUUUUGCAGAUGGAUUUGACCAGAGUUUAGUUUAUCCAUGGCGAAGACUAGAUUUAGGUACAUUAAUAAAAUAUAAAGUGUAUAUAUUUCCUCAAAUUGUUAAUUUGUAAAAAAUAUUAUAUUUUUGUAUGUUUUGUGCUUUACUUUUUGAAAGUUAGAAUCAGGAUUAUUCAGGGUGGAUAGUGGCAUUCUACUAUACAAGAAAACAUAGCCAGUGUACUCCCAUAUAACAAAAUGUUUCUUCAUAAUCCGAAUCAUGAAAGAAGCAAAGCACAUCACAUUUCAUAAAGUGUUGCUAGAGUGAGCUGAAAGUUACCUUAUUUAAAAGACCCCGGCCUGUACAUUUAUUUCCUGCACCCUCAAACCCUGUAGACUAACUAAUUUAUCAUUGCUGUACCAUAUGUAUGCCAUGGCAGAACCUUAUAAGUACAGGUUGUGGUUAGUAAGUCUUUUAAACAUAGUGCAUAACAUCUAGAAUUUUAUUGAUCUAGUAUAAAUUAUAGUUUAUGUAUCAAACAUAUUUUCCAGGCUGAUGAAGCCUUCCACAUUGGAGCAGCUGCCUCAAGGGACAGUUACCUCAACAUGGAGAAAAUCAUUGAAGUCGCAAAAAAGAGUGGGGCACAGGUAUCAAAUUAACUCAAAUAUUUCACCUUCAAGAGAUUUUGCAAUACUCAAGAUCAAGAAAAAUCAAUUCAGGAGCAAGAUCAAGAGCAUAUUUUAACCUGGCAUCAAAAGCCUGAAACUUACCCACACUUGCUAACCUGUGGAUAUUACUAAGUUUCAUAAAAAUGUUGUUGAAGUAGUAUUUUUAUUUUAAUAUUUUUACUUUUUUGUGAACAGGCUAUUCAUCCUGGUUAUGGCUUUUUGUCAGAGAAGCCUGAAUUUGCUGAGCUUUGUGAUAAAGAAGGUGUGAUAUUUAUUGGGCCCCCAGCCACAGCAAUCAGAGAUAUGGGCAUCAAAAGGUACAGUAAGUACAGAUCAAUGAAUACAGUAAAAAAAGGGCUGACCAUGUGCAAUAGACUUGUCUCAUUUGUAAGUAUAUAUCAAAAAUUCAGAUCAUAAGAUUCAAAGUUUCCCACAAGUAUGUCCAGGCCAAAUGUUAAACAACAGUACUCUGGUCUCUCAUGAUGCACCCAUUUAAAAACAUCAUUUAAGUUUUUUCUCUGUUUUACUUGUUUUGCAGCACUAGUAAGGCAAUCAUGGGCAGUGCUGGAGUACCAAUCAUUGAAGGUUACCAUGGUGAGGACCAAUCAGAUGACAGAUUAAGACUUGAGGCACAAAGAAUAGGGUUAGAAUUUCCUUAAUAUGUAUUACGACUAAAAUUAGAAUAUAUCUUAGUAUACUUUUCUGGUUUCUUAUACAGUGAAAUUAUGUACAGCUGUAAAUAUGAAUUGUUAUUUUAAAAGCAAGAAGCAGUGGUAUGCCCUUUUCCACCCUUCAGUGUAGGCAAUGGCAAAUGCAAACUGAUAAAUUGCCAAAAGGUGAUGAUCCAUGAGUGACCCAUACCUACUGUUCCCAGAAGAGGUCUGAUAGCAUACAUGUAUAACACAAGACAUAAAAGAAGUGGAGAAACCUUGUAGCCCACAGCUACAAGCUUUUUGAUAAUGAUGAUGAUGAUGAUGGUGGUGAUGAAUAUGAUGUUGAUAUUGAGCUAGUUUACCAAACACAAUAAUUUUAUCUUCUUUCUUGACAAGUCCUGACAUGCCCAACUUUCCUGGAGUUCCAUGACCUUUAACAUGUGACUCUAAUGCAGUUACUACACUGUACUUCAAAAAGAGAUCUGCCAUUACAAGUCUCAUCAUCAUCAUUUUCAUUGUCAUCAUAUAUCCUUUUUAUGUGGCACAUGGGGCAUUUGACAGCACAUUUCCUCUAUUCCUGUCAGUCCUUUGCAAGGUACAAUGCUUGAUCCCAGUUAAGGGUUAGAGUGCUGAGUUCAGCCAAGGUAUACUAUCCUCCCUUCAGAUGGAUUUGGGAUGCCCUACUUCCCAUUUACCCUCCAGAAUCUUUCUGAGAGCAACUUUGUCAGUGCUUUCUCUUGAAAGCACAUGACCAAAGUAGCUCUAUCUUCUUCUUGCAAGAACAAUGCCUUUGCAAUGCACAUAAAUUAUAAUGAUAAUUUUUUUUUUAGCAGUUUUGUCAUAAAUUACAGUGGUAAUGAUUUUUUGAUAGGUAUCCUGUUAUGCUUAAAGCUGUGAGAGGAGGUGGAGGCAAAGGAAUGAGAAUUGUUACAUCACCAGAGGAAUUUGAUGCUGCUCUUGAGUCAGCCAGGAGAGAGUCCCUCAAAUCUUUUAACGAUGAUAACAUGCUGGUGGAGAAAUUUGUUGACACUCCAAGGUAUAUUAGAUCUUCUUGAGGUCUUCAGACUCCACAGCUUUGAGUUCCUCGUCAAUGUUUUCAUAUCAAGCUGUUUUUCUUGUUGAGUUGUUAGCCUAAUAUUCUUCUUGUGAUCUCAAGGAGAAUUGGUCUAAAAUAUGAUGUCUGGCCUCUACCAUUUGGCCUUUGCAGCUUGGAAGACCUGGAGCUUACACUCCUACUGGUAUCGCUGUCUGUGUCAUUGACACACACCAGCCACCACACUGUGACAAAAGAUUGACCUAGUAGCUAUGGGUGUGCCCUACAUCAGAAAAAUCUAUUGAGAAUAUUUAACUGUGGCUUGAUUUCUUUUUGGUUUGAAACUAAAGACCGAAAAAUAAACCUUUUAGCCAAAGAUAUAAACCUGUGCAUGUAUCCUGUUCCCCAGAACAAGCUCAUGUGGACCAACUGUUAAGUUUGAAGCUUUCUAAAGUAAAAGUAAUGUUUAUUCUUGGAGUUUUGCAAGGGUGUUUUGGGGUACAAAACCACAAAUGAUUGCAUUAGAGAGGGAGAGUUUGGAUAUUUUUUUAGACUUCAAAAAAAUGAAGAUUGACUCUCUCAAGAACUUAAUCCCAAGCCAAAGUUACUCUUUUACGGUCCUAGAAAACCAUCAUGGAUGGAAUGUGUCAAGAGCAGUGGCUUUAGGGGACAUUAAUUUUGAUGGGACACUCUUUGUGUAAAGGUUUCUUUGGGUGCUGUGUCUUCAGUUGAUCAUCUACUUGUAACUUAAAAAUUUCAGACAUGUAGAGGUGCAAGUAUUUGGUGACACCCUGGGGAACACUGUUUACC